UUCCCAAAAUGUCACAAGCCAUCGAUCCCUCACGCGAGGGUCCUCACCUGUUGAGUCGCGAACGAUCCGGCGCCUCAUUCCGCGUGGAACGCAUGAUCAACAUGCUGGACGGCUCGCCAGAAGCGACAGAGCGCCGGCGCCGUGUGUGGCACAUUGUUUGCAAUGACCCUGACAUGGAUCGGAGUGACGUGUAUUUUCUGAGUCGAGAGGAGGCACACACGCGAGCUCUUAAGCUUGCAUCUGCUGUUGUAAGGCAUUCUAAGUUGUGGAGAGACGACAAGGAGAGGUUGAUGAACAUGCACUAUAUAAACAGGGCCAUUUGUCUUGAGCUGCCAACUGGUCUCCACACCACCAUGUUUCAACCUGCAAUCCAGAGUUUGGGAACGGAUGAGCAAAUUGCAAAAUGGAUGCCAUUGGCAAGGAACUACCGCUUACUGGGCACAUAUGCUCAGACUGAACUCGGCCAUGGAACGUACCUCCGUGGACUGGAAACGACGGCCACUUACGAUCCCAAGUCUCAGGAAUUUGUGCUUCAUAGUCCAACGUUGACGUCUAUCAAGUGGUGGCCUGGCGGACUGGGAAAGUCGUCUACACAUGCAGUGGUGAUGGCGCGGCUGAUUGCGAGAGGUAGAGACCACGGCAUUCAUCCUUUCAUAGUGCAACUUCGCAGCUUAGAGGAUCACGUGCCUCUGGAAGGUAUUACUGUUGGUGACAUUGGACCAAAGAUGGGUUAUGCUACAUCAGACAAUGGUUUCCUACAACUCACUAACGUCCGCAUUCCACGUGACCAAAUGCUAAUGAGAUACUCUCAAGUUGCACCUGAUGGCACGUACAGUCGGCUUGCUGGUGGAGAGAAAUUGAUGUAUGGAACUAUGCUGACUGUACGAUGCUACUUGAUUAGGUACUCAGCCAUUGGCUUGUCAAUGGCUCUCACCACAGCAGUACGCUACAGUGUAGUACGUCGACAGACAAGCCCAGCUAAAGGGCUUCCUGAGAUGCAACUAUUGGACUACCAAGUGCAGCAAUAUCGUCUACUUUCCCUUCUAUCUGCAGCAUACUGUUUUGCCAUGCUAUCCAACUACAUGUUGGAUUCAUACCAAAAAGCUGUCGACAAGAUGGGUAAAGGAGAUUUCAGUGCUCUGCCAGAGCUGCAUGCAACCAGUGCAGGGUUAAAGGCAUUCUGUACGACUAUUACAAGCGAUGGCAUCGAGACUUGUCGUAAAUGCUGCGGCGGGCACGGCUACAGCAAAGCAAGCGGCUUGCCAACCCUCUAUGCUGACUUCACACCUUCCCAGACCUACGAAGGCGACAACACAGUACUCUACCUGCAAACUGCAAGAUUUCUCAUUAAGUGCUGCAUGCAGGCUCAAGUAGGCGAAGAACUGCCUGAUAAUUUGACAUAUCUGAAAGACAGUGGAGGUUUGCUGCAACGUGAUUGGCUUAAGAGUGAUGUGCAGCUCAAGCUUUAUGGACAGCGAGCCAAGCACACCACAUUACAAACAGCUUUGCGAUUACAGUCACUCAUCGACGCUGGACAGCCCCAGCACGAAGCUUGGAAUGCAUGCUCUGUGCAACUCAUUGCAAGCUCAAGAGCACAUUGUUACUACGUUGCUGUGAAAACGUUCAUUGACUCUGUGGCUAAACUGCAGGAUACUGGGGACUUUGGUGUAUUUCGAGUUCUCAAGUUGUUGUGCGACUUGUUUGCACUGCAUGGGGUACUAGAGUUUGCAGGUGAUUUCUUAGAGUGUGGAACAGUAACUUCUACUGACCUUGCUGCCAUCCGGCUCCAAGUCUUUAACCUUCUUAGCACUCUUCGGUGUGAUGCUGUAGCACUAGUGGAUGCUUUUGACAUCCCUGAUAAGAUAUUGUGCUCGGUGUUGGGAAGAUAUGAUGGCGAUGUGUACAAGCACUUCUACGAGUGGGCAAAGAAAUCACCGCUCAACAAGAAGGAGGUAAUUGACGGCUAUCACACCUAUUUGAAGCCAAUAUUUCGUGGAGAAGUUGCUCAAUCGAAGCUCUGACAAUGAACUGCAUUGCAUCAUCCUAACACAAUCAUAGCAGUAAUUUCACAAUUUAUUGAUAUCAAUAACAAUGGAA